AAUAACAAAUUUUAAAAUAGAAACUUCUUAUCCAAAAGUUCAGGCUGAAGUCUCAAAAAGAAGAAAUAGCUUUUCUCUUGGCAAUUCACUGUUCCUUCAACAAUGACGAUAGCUUUAUCGCCUUCAACUCCAGUAGUACGUUCGCAGCUCACCCGCAAACCUAUUCCUAUCUUUUGCUUUCAAGGCAAUUUUCGUACUUGUGGUAAUGUGGUAUGUUGGGCGGCGUCUGCGAAUUAUGUGAGCUUACGUGUCGGAGCAAGGAGAUUGCAACCUCUUGUUAAACUAUCUUGGGGGAAAAGAAGAGGAGUUGUGAGGUGUGCAACCAUUGAAGAAAUAGAAGCUGAAAAAUCUUCGAUUGAGAAAGAUGUGAAAGAAAGGAUGGAAAAGACAGUUGAAAAUGUUAGGUCAAAUUUCAACUCUAUAAGGACGGGAAGAGCUAGCCCAGCAAUGCUAGAUAAAAUUGAGGUGGAUUAUUAUGGCACUCCAGUCAGCUUGAAAAGCAUAGCGCAAGUUAGCACUCCUGAUGCAAGUUCUCUCUUGGUGCAGCCCUAUGACAAAUCCAGUUUAAAGGCUAUAGAGAAGGCUAUUGUCAGCUCUGAUGUUGGUAUGACACCAAAUAAUGAUGGAGAAGUAAUAAGAUUGGCUGUACCCCAGUUGACAUCAGACAGGAGGAAGGAGCUAUCCAAAAUUGUUUCUAAACAGGCAGAGGAAGGAAAGGUAGCUAUAAGGAAUAUAAGAAGAGAUGCCUUAAAAGCUUAUGAAAAACUUGAGAAGGAGAAAAAGCUUUCUGAAGACAAUGUGAAGGACCUAUCUGGUGAUCUACAGAAAGUGACAGAUGAAUAUAUGAAGAAGAUUGAUACUGUCUUCAAGCAGAAGGAGAAGGAACUGCUGACAGUUUGACAACAGUUCUGUUCAAUGUGUAUAUCCGAUAUGGAGUCUGUGCAAUAAUGAAGCUUUUCUUGGAAGGUUCAUCUGGUGCAUAGGCUUGUUACAUGCCUUUGUAAAAACUACCUUGAAUUCAUCUUUGUAGAAAUUACGUAAAGAGCACUCAGGAACUGGAAUGGUCCCAGUUAAUUUUGUUAGGACUUCUGUUUUACUGGAAAUUACUCCCAAAGAAGUUAAUCUGCUUGUUGCGACAUGAUUUGAGCUGGCUAAGGCUGCUGGAUUUUUUAACUACAGGAUCCAGAAUGAAACGACUUUGCCGAUGGUACAAUACCUACUCGUGCUGUUCUUCUUUCUCUUUAUUUUGCAAAGAAAUCUGGGGGCUUUAUUUCCUAUUUGUUUAUAUUUGUUUGGCUUAAGUUGUGGACAUCUUGGUGCAUUUGGUUGUUCAAAGCGUCCUUCAUGUUGUGCCGACACAAGUCUUUGAAUAAUUGUUGAUGCGAAUCUAGGCCUCCCCCUUUAAGACAUAUAGUUAUUUGUCUGCUUGUAUAUCACUCAUUGAUUCAAUUCAUUGUUGUAUAUUGUAUAAAUAUAAUAUUAUCAUUUCACUUA